AUGGCUGUGAUGGAGCCAGCUCAGGGGCUGGUGACCUUCGAGGAGGUGGCUGUGUAUUUCACCCAGGGACAGGGGGCUCUGCUGGACCCCGCUCAGAGAGCCCUCUACAGGGAUGUCAUGCAGGAGAAUUAUGAGACAGUGACCUCGCUGGGAUUUCCCAUUCCCAAACCUGAGCUGAUCACACAGCUGGAACGAGGGGAAGAGCCGUGGGUCCCGGAUCUCCAGGCCUGCAAGGAAAGAGAGAUCCUGAGAGGCACCCGCACAGGUGCUGAGCGAGGGAGUGAGAACGAGGAGGGGAAUCAUCAUGAGGAAGUGGAACCACAGGGGACCUUUGUGGGAAGAGCUGAAGGGAAUUUUUCCCAGUGCUUGGAAGAGGGAGAAGCCUGGGGAAAUUGGCACAGGUCAGAAAGGCUGAUGGGAAACCGCCCAAGGAAGAAAGUGGAUGAAUCUAUUAUCUAUAGGGGAGGAAACAAGGAUCCCACAGCCCAGCAGACAAAUCCCAAGGAAGAGAAACCCUACCACUGCCUCCAGUGUGGGAAAGGAUUCAUUCUCAGAUCACAGCUUGUUACACAUCAAACAAUCCAUAACAGCUCAGACUUUAAUACCCAUGGGAGAAUCGACACGGGAGAGAGACGCUAUCAAUGUCUUGAGUGUGGGAAAUGUUUUAAUUGGACGUCAGCACUUAUUACACAUCAGGCAACCCACAUGGGAGAGAGACCCCAUAAGUGCUUGGAGUGUGGGAAAAGCUUCAGUAACAGCUCAAAUCUUACUAAACAUCGGAGAAUCCACAUGGGAGACAGACCCUAUAAAUGCCUCGAGUGUGGGAACUGUUUCAGUCAGAAGACCACCCUCAUUAUGCAUCAGAAAACCCACACAGGAGAGAAACCCCAUAAGUGCUUGGACUGUGGGAAAAGUUUCACACAGAGAUCAGCCCUGAGUACACAUCAGACAAUCCACACAGGAGAGAGACCCUAUAAGUGCCUCGACUGUGGGAAAAGUUUCAUUCAGCGCUCACACCUUCUUCGACAUCUGAGAAUUCAUACUGGGAAUAAACCUCAUAAAUGCCUCCACUGUGGGAAAAGUUUCAUUCAGAGAACAAACCUUAUUUCCCAUCAGACAAUCCACACAGGAGAGAAGCCCUAUAAAUGCUUGGAAUGUGGGAAAAGCUUCAAGAACAGCUCCUACCUCACUAAACAUCGGACAAUCCACACGGGAGACAGUCCCUAUAAAUGCCUCCUCUGUGGGAAAAGUUUUGUUCUCAGUUCCGACCUGAUUGUGCAUCAGAGAAUUCACACAGGAGAGAAGCCCUACGUAUGCUUGGACUGUGGGAAAAGCUUCAAGAACAACUCCUACCUUACUAAACAUCGGAGAAUGCACACAGGAGAGAGACCUUAUAAAUGCCUUGAUUGUGGGAAGUGUUUCAGUCAGAAGUCAUCCCUUAGUACCCAUCAGACAAUCCACACUGGAGAGAGACCCAAUAAAUGCUUGGACUGUGGGAAAAGUUUCACCCAGCGAUCAGCCCUUGUUAUACAUCAGAGAAUCCACACAGGAGAGAGACCCCAUAACUGCUUGGACUGUGGGAAAAGUUUCACGCACAGAUCAGCCCUCCUUAGACAUCAGGCCAUCCACACAGGAGAGCGACCCCAUGAGUGCGUGGAAUGUGGGAAACGUUUCAUUCAGAGAUCAACCCUUAUUAGACAUCAGGCAGUCCACACAGGAGAGAGACCCCAUGGGUGCUUGGACUGUGGCAAAUGUUUCACCAACAGAUCAUCCCUUAUUAGGCAUCAGGCAAUCCACACAGGCGAGAGACCCCAUAAGUGCUUGGACUGUGGGAACAGUUUCAUUCAGAGAUCGAACCUUAUUAUACAUCAGAGAAUCCACACGGGCUAUAAACCUCAUAAAUGCCUGGCCUGUGGGAAAAGUUUCAGGAAGAGCUCAUACCUUACUAAACAUCUAAGAACUCACAAAGGCCUGGGAGACCCACGGAACAGCUUGAUUAUGGAAAAAGAUUCGAUCCGAGCUCAGACAUCAGUGAUCCACAAAACGGAGAGACCUUGA